CAUUUUAGAAAUGGCGGCUCCGCUGGGAGGCAUGUUCUCCGGGCAGCCACCCGGACCCCCGCCACCCCCGCCGGGGCUCUUGGCCCAGGCUUCGCUUCUUCAGGCCACACCAGGCGUUCCGAGAACUUCUAACAGUACCUUGGUGGACGAGUUGGAGUCAUCGUUCGAGGCUUGUUUUGCUUCUCUGGUGAGUCAGGAUUAUGUCAAUGGUACAGAUCAGGAAGAAAUUCGAACUGGUGUUGAUCAGUGUAUCCAGAAAUUUCUAGAUAUUGCGAGACAGACAGAAUGUUUUUUCCUACAAAAAAGAUUGCAGUUGUCUGUCCAGAAACCAGAGCAAGUUAUCAAAGAGGACGUCUCGGAACUGAGGAACGAAUUACAGCGAAAGGAUGCUCUGGUCCAGAAGCACUUAACAAAACUGAGACAUUGGCUGCAGGUGCUGGAGGACAUCAACAUGCAGCACAAAAAGCCAGCCGACAUCCCUCAGGGUUCCCUGGCCUACCUCGAGCAGGCGUCUGCAAAUAUCCCUGCACCGAUGAAGCAGACCUGAGGAAAAGCCACCUGAACGUGAGCUGGUGGCUGAGUCAGCCCAGACACAGUUUUGUCAAACAUCACUUCUUGUAGACAUGACAUUUG